UUCGCGAAGUUAGUGGAAGGACUGUGCAGUUUUGGAGAAGUACUAUCGAACUAAUAGGUAGCCUACUCUAGAAACGUAUUUCUAAAAAGUUCUAGAUGGAUUUAAAUUAUGUCUCGGAUAUUUGUGGAAUAGAAGACAAUUAUCCACUCCGACGCUGAGAAAUUCGACAAAGAAACGGAUACGAAUACCACGGACCAGUCGAAGAUGUCUGUGAGCAACCAUGAGAACCGGAAGUCAAGGUCGAGCUCGGGCUCGAUGAACAUCCAUCUCUUCCACAAGACGUCCCACGCCGACAGCCUGCUGACACACCUCAACCUGCUCCGCAAGCGGCGGGUCUUCACUGAUGUGGUUCUGCAGGCGGGCAACCGGGCCUUCCCUUGCCACCGGGCCGUGCUGGCGGCGUGCAGCCGCUACUUCGAGGCCAUGUUCAGUGGCGGCCUGAAGGAAAGUCGCGACGAUGAGGUCAACUUCCACGACUCGCUUCACCCCGAAGUGCUGGAGCUUCUGCUGGACUACGCCUACUCCGCCCGCAUCAUCAUCAACGAGGAGAACGCCGAGUCACUGCUGGAGGCCAGUGACAUGCUGCAGUUCCACGACAUCCGCGAAGCCUCCGCCGAGUUCCUCGAGAAGAACCUGCACCCGUCCAACUGCCUGGGCAUGAUGCUGCUCUCCGACGCCCACCAGUGCCAGAGGCUGUACGAGCUCUCCUGGAGGAUGUGCCUGGCCAACUUCGCCAUGCUCUACAGGACGGAGGAUUUCCUGAACCUGCCCAAAGACAAGAUCCAGGAGCUGAUAUUCAGUGAGGAGCUGGAGGUGGAGGACGAGAGUUUGGUGUAUGAGGCCGUCAUCGACUGGGUGAAAGCGGACAUGGACAGGAGGCAUAGUGACCUGCCAGAACUGUUGCGCUGCGUGAGGCUGGCCUUGUUGCCGGAAACCUACCUGCUGAAAAAUGUUGCGUCGGAGGAGCUUGUGAUGGGACACAAGGUGGGCAGGGAGAUUGUGGAAGAUGCCGUCCGCUGCAAGAUGAAGAUCCUGCAGAACGACGGCGUGGUGACCGGCUUUUGUGCCCGCCCACGAAAGGUGAGCCAAGCGCUGCUCCUCUUGGGAGGCCAGACGUUCAUGUGUGAUAAGGUCUACAUGAUCGACCAUAAGACCAAGGAGAUCACCCCCAAAACAGACAUCCCGAGCCCUCGGAAGGAGUGUAGCGCGUGUGCCAUUGGCUGCAAGGUGUAUGUCACAGGUGGGAGGGGGUCAGAAAACGGAGCGUCAAAGGAUGUGUGGGUGUAUGACACGCUCCACGACGAGUGGUCCAAAGCUGCUCCCAUGAUGGUGGCCAGGUUUGGACAUGGCUCAGCAGAACUGGACCACAAUUUAUAUGUAGUUGGGGGACACACGUCUUUAGCUGGGUCCUUUCCAGCUUCUCCGUCGGUCUCCCUGAAACAAGUGGAACAGUACGACCCACAGGCUAAUAAAUGGACGUUGGUGGCCCCUCUCCGUGAGGGGGUUAGCAAUGCAGCCGUAGUCGGCGCCAAGAACAAACUCUUUGCUUUUGGAGGCACAAGUGUCAAUAGAGAGAAAUAUCCCAAGGUGCAGUGCUUUGACCCGUGUGAGAACCGGUGGACUGUGCCCGCGAUGUGCCCGCAGCUGUGGCGCUACACAGCCGCUGCCGUGGUCGGCAACCAGGUGGUGGUGAUCGGCGGGGACACCGAGUUCUCGGCCAGCUCGGCGUACCGUUUCAACAGCGAGACGUACCAGUGGUCCAAGUUCGGGGAUGUGACCGCCAAGAGGAUCAGCUGCCACGCCGUGGCCUCGGGCAAUCGCCUCUACGUGGUCGGGGGAUACUGUGGGGUACAGAGGUGUAAGACACUGGACUGUUACGACCCCUCCACGGACACAUGGGACAGCGUCACCAGUGUGCCCUACUCACUCAUCCCCACAGCCUUUGUCAGCACCUGGAAGUACCUCUCAGCAUAACACAGAGGAUCCUUUGAUCUGGUGAGUUAUGUUCUCAGUUUUUCUUAAACACACAUUUGCAAAUGCCAUUUUUCAUUAAAUUAGUAUGGAACACUUCAUAAACCUUAAUAUUUGGAGACUAUCUGAAUUUAUGUGCGAGUACAGGAAUGAAAGUGUAGUGUCUGGAAGUAAGAAGUGCUUGUUAGAGCAGAUGAAAGACUUUUGGCACUCUGCACAGCGUUGUUUAAUGUGAAUGUUUAGCCUUACCAUGGGGAUCUCAGGUCUAAACAAACCCAAACAUUUGGCAAGGGCAUGGCGUUUUAUUAGACAGCAAGGUCUGUGUUUGCCCCAUAAAUUGUUGAAAAAUGUUCUAAUGAGGCCUGUUGGGUGUCAAAUGAGGUACUAAAGGAAUGCUGAGACCUUAAUUACAAAGCAGACGUGGAAGCCACAGGCCUCGGAACCCUCACAUGGGAAAAAAAUCACGUUUGUGCUUGUUUUGCUGCCCCUGGUAACAAGUGCACCCAGAAUCUGUCAACCAUUUCCACACACACACACAAAAGUCGAUUUUCUCAGGAGCUACCAGGUGGCCAUUUUCGGAGUCCAGCCAUGUUGAUGCAGGAGGGGGUAGCCAUACCUUUUGAUUGUUUCAGCGCUAGGUUGUUUAGGCGCUGAUACCGCUCAUUGUGUUCUGACAGACCAGUGACAAAGCAGCCGUCGAUGGCCUUUAUGACUUUGCAUUUGCAAUUUGCAUUUGAAAGUGUCCACCGAGAAGAAUGAUUAAAGAGCGUCGUGACAUCGCAGGGCAAAGCUGCCAAGUUUCUCAUUUAAUCAUUAACCCUCAACAUGCCUGAAAUCAUUAACCCAGACUUCCUGAAACCAUAUUUGUUUUCUGUACUAAUUAACCCUGUACUUUGGCUCAGAUCUAUGACGGCAAACAUCAAGUCAAUGAGCCCUCAGCGGUUUUAUUUCAAGCAGUUACAGCAGCCUAGUUUAAGGGCAGCUUACAGGAAGUAUAGAAUAGCCUCUGUUUGCUCUUACUCAACAGUAAACAGCUGGCUGGGGUGGAGACACAUGUCUGGGCGAGAAAGGUAACACGGCUCUGAAGUCCCGACACUUCAGAGGGCCGCCGACGGCUCCCCAUGCACUCUCAUUUCUGGUUGCUUUCAAAGUUCUCAAAGGAGCGCUUGCUUGACAGUGUUUUUUAAUCAUCCUUAGACAUGUCAAGAUGCCUGAGAAGGAAGGACAGAGAGGAAGAGUGAGAGAGAAGAGGAGAGGGAAGGGGAGAGAAAAGAGAGAGAGAGAGAGAGAGCGAAAGACACAAGCUAUAUUUUGCACAGUUUGGCAGCCAAGAGCUGGAAACUAAUAAUACCCGAGUGCUCCUGGAGUUGUCGGCUGUCGGCAGAGGUCAGAGAAACAAAUAAAGAAAGUCCACAUUUCUCUCUUGCUCUCUUUCCACUCCUCAUGUUUACGAAGAGUCGAAUGACAGCGUUCUGAAAUACUUGACAUGGCAAUGAAAGGGUUUUUGUUUGUGCCCACAUUAGGCAUGGAAUUCGUCCUGUGAAUUAAUCAUCCACAUUUAAUUGGUGGUCUUUAAGGAAUGAGGGUGUGUCAUACCAACAGCAUUCCUUAUAGCAUCUCACCAAGAGGAGCCACAUAUUUGAAGUCAACAUUAAUGAAACUAGCGAUGCAAAUGAGUCGGAGCACUUUUAGCCACGUCCCAAAGAUACCACAUCUACACAGGGUGGGACGUAUGGAAUGCCCUGUCUUAACCGUAGCAUACGCUCUCAGAAGAAUUGGCUCUUUAUUGGUUCUUUCAACGGAAUAAAGGUUCUCCAUAGAACUUUUUCCAUAUGAAGGAAGCCAGAUUGCAGAUGAAAACGGUAGUGGAGCAAAAAAACGGCUCAUUUGUUUUGCAUGCUGCCGACCAGACAGCAUUUGUUUUUAACGAGAGAGGCAAAGCUGGGCAUGACAAACAGGGCGCUCUCUUUGGCUGUGACAUGGCGCACCUGGACAGGGUCAGAGGUGACGAGCCGUGCUCCAGCUUGUUUUCCUCGACAGCUGUCAUUGGCUGAGAGGAGGAGAGGGGUGAGACGCUGGAGACGCACUCAUUCAAUACUAAUGUUUUAUUAAUGCCUCUAAAGGCCAACCGAACUGCCCACUGAAAGAGGCAUUCUUGGGACAUCUGUGUGCUGUCCCCCGCCUUUAGAAACGCACAGACACGCACACACACAGAGAGAGAGCACGUGCUGCCACCCCGCUACUCCCCUCCCCCCUUUCCAAAUCUCCAGAGAAUUCGCCCCGUUGCGGUAGCCUGCACAAUUGGAUUUGCAUUUUAACCUAAUAGCGUUUUUAUUGCUCUUUUCUGCGGGGCAUGAAAGCGAGGAGACAGACUGAACCGGAUGGAAAAUACGAUGCCUGGAGUGACUUAAUUGUGGUUAAGCCACAAUUUGAUUAGCAGUUAUUAAUAUAUCACCUGUCAAAGGGACCUUGUCAACAGCUCAGUUUACACCGGAAAUCUGCUGAAAUAACAACGAAAAAAAUUACUUAAAUUGACAAGUUGUCAAGGGUGAAAUUCUUCUUUGACUACAUCUAUUGUUAGAUGCAAACAUUUUUAUAAUAUAUCAAUCAUUACUGUCUAUGCAUGUUAAACAUAUUUUGUGUACUGUGCGUAUGUCAUGUCAAGUCAAAACAAGACAAAUGUGAAGGCCGUUCAAUGAUUGAUCCAUUAGUCAAUGGAGUAUAAUUAUUUCUUGUCAUUAGUAAACAUUGUUGCACACGCCUGUGUGUAUCACUGGGGAGAGGUCAAUGUAAGGUCGAUCCAUGGUCCCUUGUGUUGA